AUGGAGCUGUACUUCGUCGAGACCAAGACACACGCGUACAGUGCUCAAAUGCAAGAUACUGCGACACGAGCCAAGAAGCGUAGUCAAACACGCUCUCUUUCCUCACCUUCUUUCAACCCAAAGAAGCAAGAGACCCCUUCUUGUCUUCCUUUCGGCGCGUCGAAAGGCAUUCGAGAAGAGACUCUCCUGCACUUGAAGGUCGUCAACCUGGACUUUGACGCCCGCGUCCCGAUCCCCUUUAGCAUCUUCCCGUCGUCGUACCGGAACGACGCCGUUGAGACCACCACCCAGACUCACGUCGAGGGUGAGAUCAAUCUACCCCAAGGACAGCAGCGCGUCGGACGGGAAGGACAAUACUCUUCGUCUUCCUUCUCCGCCAGCCUUCCUCACCGCGGCAGCGAAGAGCAGUUCCGCCAGGAAGAGGUCCAUAUCACUCGUGAAGAGGAUAGAUACCGUCCGAGCCGCAGAGAGGAGAUCCAUAUCCACGAGGAACGCCGACCACAACACAAGCAUACCACAACCCACAUCGACGUAGAGCUCCCUCGUCACCACCAUCACCACGAACCUCAACGCCGCCGCUACGACUCUGAUAUCACAGUCGACCUUCCCCAUCACCAACGUCAGCAACACGAGACCGAGGUAGACUUCUCUGAACGUCAAUACCGCUCUCGCUUCCAGCCAUCAUAUCGUGAGGAGACCCACGCAGUUGGCACCACUGUUGACCCUCCACGCUUCCAAUCAGAGUUCCGUCAAGAAACCCGUCCAACCGCAACCACUGUCGACCCGCCACGCUUCCAAGCAACCUAUCGGGAAGAAGCUCGUGUCAACAAUUCCACCGUUGACCCACCUCGCUUCCAACAGCCAGCUCGCCGCGAGGAAGUUCAUAUAAGAGAAGAGACCGUCGACCCUCCUCGACACCAAUUCAAGAAGAUGGGUUACUACGAUGAAGAUGGGCACUAUCACUCUUUCCGCCAUGGUAUUCACCGUGCUGCCGACCGUGUCCUAGGACGUCAUCAUCAUCAUCACCACCAUCACCGUGAGCCUGAUCGUGAGGACGUUGACAUAACUGUAGUACGUGAAGGUCCAGCGCCUAGCCGCUCCUCUGGCCGCUCCUCAGCUCCCGACCCAGCCUCCUACACUCCCAACACCGUCACCAUUCCCUGCCACCACAUCCGCGUUGGUGAUCUCCUGAUCCUCCAAGGCCGCCCCUGCCAAGUCAUCCGGGUCACCACCUCUGCCGCCACCGGCCAGCACCGAUACUUGGGUGUUGACUUGUUCACCAAGCAAUUGCAUGAGGAGUCUUCCUUCAUCUCCAACCCAAGCCCAAGUGUCAUCGUCCAGACCAUGCUAGGACCUGUCUUCAAGCAAUACCGCGUUCUCGAUCUCCAGGACCACAGUGUUGUUGCCAUGACCGAGACUGGUGAUGUCAAGCAAGCCGUUCCCGUCAUUGACCAGUCCAACCUCUGGGGACGUCUUAAGGACUCGUUCGAUUCCGGUCGUGGCAGUCUCCGUGCCUUGGUCCUCUCUGACCAUGGCAACGAACUUGUUGUUGAUAUGAAGGUUAUCCAUGGCUCCCGUUUGUAA